AUGAAGGAAGGUGAAUCUGUUUCCGAUUACACCGCCCGUGUGAAGUCAAUCGUCAGCAAAGUGAAGCAGUAUGGGGAGAAAUUUGAAGAGACCAAAGUGGUGGAGAAAAUUCUACGGUCAUUAUUACCAAAGUUUGACUAUGUGGUGGUGUCCAUGGAGGAAGCUAAGGACGUGUCAAAAAUGACGGUUGAUGAAGUCAUCGGUUCAUUACAAGCCAGAGAAGAAAGAAUAAAUAACAUAAAUGAAUAA